AUGGAAGGUAAAUUUGGAUUGGCAAUGAUAUCUGAACAGCUUCGGUAUGUCGAAGGGUUCAGCACGGACAACGUUUCCUUUCCAGAGGGAUGGCAACAAUACUUUAUGAUUAUUGGCGCCUUUUUCUGGCUUGCUGUUUGCAUCGCCGAGUUUUUUGUCCUGCUUAUUGUUGGAUUUUUCCAGAUCAGAGAGGCGAAGUACUUUUUCCGUAUUGGGGCGGCUUUGAUAUAUUUAGUCAUUUCCGCUGCGGCGUCUUUCAUGGGGGUCUGCGCCGCCACUUUUGUAUAUCCUGAAAGCAGCUCGGCGAGGUUUUCGUUCCACAUCAUUUCAAUUUUUGUGUAUUACAUCGCAAUUGCUUACAGGAUCACACUUACAACAAACUGGAAGUUUUCAUGCGGAGUUUUGGCCUUUGUUGUCCUUAUUUUGUUGAUCCCAGACUGGCUCACAUUCAAAGUGCUCAUUCCUGCACUCCUCUACCAGAUCGCGGCACAUUUCUACCUCAUCAAAUACCACUUCAUUUCAUGUGAGCAGUUUUUGGUCGCUGGCGAAGUUGUCCUACUCUUCGCUAGCGCCGUACUUGAUAUUACAAAGGUACUUGACGGUGCAGUUUUCUAUACACUUGUUGGGUUGACGGAGAUUUUGUCAUUCAUUUCAAUGUCUGAGAUAUGCUUUAAGUUUUAUGAAUACGGCCGUUAUAUUGUAAAGGACGGUAAAAGAAAGAAGAAUUAA